AUGAAUGGGGGAGAAGGGCCUUAUAGCUAUGUUCAAAACUCCAACUAUCAGUCUUCUCUUCACUUCAUUCACUCUUCAUAUUCGCUUCAUUGGCUCUCCAAAGUGCCUAACGAAGUUAGGGACAGAAACUCCCCUGCGUGGAACAAAGGGAGGCUUCACUACACAAACGCAAGCAAUCACGUUAAGGAGGCAUAUGCAAGUCAAUAUGCGAACGAUACGACGUCGUUUCUUCGUGCCAGAGCUGAAGAGCUUGUCGCAGGAGGGCUUAUGGCACUUCUUGUGCCCGCAGUACCUGAUAUUCUUCUGCCUUCUGAUACAACCAAUGGCACAGAGAAAGACCUUCUGGGAUCUUGUUUUAUGGACAUGACUAAGAUGGGAUUGGUGAGAGAAGAAGAAGUGGACAAUUUCAAUCUGCCCAUGUAUUACACGUCACCUAGCGAUUGA